GGCGGCUCCGCGCCGCAGGAAUAACGCGCUCCGGCUUGCCGGUGCGAGCCCCGGGGAGCUGUAAGGAGGGGGGCACCGGCGCAGGGACCCCGCCCAGCGGGAGCGCGGUGGGAGCAGCCUGCUGCUGCGGCAGUUGGAACCUGCCUUUAGGUGAAUCUGAGUUCAGAGCCUGCAGCAUCCUUACGUUCUUGGCACUCCUGCAUUUCACCCACAAUGGCAGGUCGAGGUGGAGCUGCUCGACCGAAUGGACCAGCUGCUGGAAACAAAAUUUGCCAGUUUAAGCUUGUUCUCUUGGGUGAGUCAGCAGUGGGGAAGUCCAGCCUUGUUCUGCGCUUUGUGAAGGGACAGUUCCAUGAGUACCAGGAGAGCACAAUUGGAGCUGCUUUCCUAACGCAGACAGUCUGUCUGGAUGACACGACAGUGAAGUUUGAAAUAUGGGAUACAGCAGGACAAGAGCGGUAUCACAGCCUGGCACCAAUGUAUUACAGAGGUGCCCAGGCAGCCAUUGUGGUCUACGACAUCACUAACACAGACACAUUUGUACGAGCCAAGAACUGGGUGAAAGAGUUGCAGAGGCAAGCUAGCCCCAAUAUUGUAAUUGCACUAGCAGGCAACAAGGCAGAUCUUGCUACCAAGAGAGCUGUGGACUUUCAGGAUGCACAAACAUAUGCAGAUGACAACAGCUUGCUGUUCAUGGAGACAUCAGCAAAGACAGCAAUGAAUGUGAAUGAAAUCUUCAUGGCAAUAGCCAAGAAACUGCCAAAAAAUGAACCCCAGAAUGCUCCUGGUGGUCCAGGUAGGAAUCGGGUUGUUGACCUUCAAGAAAGCAGUCAGCCUAGUAGGAGCCAGUGCUGCAGCAAUUGAGCAACUGUUCCCACCUGACCGAAGCCCUUUCGAAUGACGUGACUGGAAUCCACUCUAACCAAUCGCACUUACAGUAGAGCAGCUGCUGCCAGUGGCUGCUGUGAUUUCUCCAUCCCUUUCUGAUCAUAGGCUGGAGGGAGCUCUUCCACCUGCACCUUUCUGUACAAAUACUAAUUCAAUCCUAAGUCUUAAGUCACUUUUUUAAUAUAUGAACUUCUGCUCUUCCCUCUUCCUGGUGGUGGUGGAUGCAUGACCUGGUGUCUGCCUAGCCAACUCAUCCCUUCCUGUGGGUGAGGGCCAGCAGCACCCAGGUCCCACAGUACUGUAGUUCACUAUUGGAAACAAAGGGAUAUUGAGAUUAGACAGAACCUUGUUUAAAAUUAUCCACAUGUAAAAGCUAAGGCUAAUACCAGUACAACAUGCCUAGGAAAACCACUAAACUGUAGCAUUAUAGUGACAAGCUCUGGCUUUUUAGCCACUUAUUGACCAAAUCAAUUAUGAGUAUUUUGGGGUGGGGCAGAGGGAAGCAAAACUGGUUUCUUCUGUAUUUUGUAUUGUAUGUUUCUUCAUGUAACCAAUCAGUAUCUUGUCAAUAUAGUACAUACAACUA